AUGAGCCAACGGGGAUUUAAGUACAACAGUUCAAUUGAUACAAUCCAAUUCAACUUCUGUAUCUACCAAUCUACCAUCCAUUGGAAAACUUGCGAACUUUGUAAUCAGAAAGUCCUUACUGACCUGUACUCAAAAAAGAAGUGCCAUACUUGUAAUAUAUUUAGGAAGGGAACAGAAUACAAUCCAGGAGUAGUUCCAGAUUGCCUAAAGAUACUCACAUAUGUUGAAAGACAACUUAUAGCAAGAAUUCACCCUGUUGUAUCAUUGUACAAGAUUCAAAACUGUCAGUAUGGUUACAAAGGAAAUAUUAUAAAUUUCCCACAAAAUGUACAAGAAAUAGCUGACAUUCUACCUCACAAAAUUGAGGAUUUGAAUAACAUAAUAACGAUAAGGCUUGACAAUUCAAAUUCACAUCAAGAUUUUCAAGUCAGAAGGUCUGAAGUACACAAUGCCUUGUUAUGGUUAAAGAAAAAUAAUCCAUUUUACAAGGACAUAGAAAUAAGCGAAGCCAAUUUAAAAUUACUGCCAGAAAAUAAAAAUAUGUAUAGAAACAUGAAAGGUUACAAUGUAAAUCAAAACAUACCAGACAGUUUUGACUCAGAAUGUGAGUCAUCAAGCAAUGAAAGUGAUUUUGAAGAUAUGUACUCACAAACCAGAGAUGAUGAAGAGUUGGGAAUAGUAGUUACAGACAUUCCAAACAUAACUGAUUAUUCUCAAACAGAAAAAAUAGAGAAUUCAUUAGCAAAGAAUAUUCACCCAUUCCCUACAAUAGGUAAAUAUCCGAUAAAUGAGUUUGAAAGUCCAGGAUAUUUUACAAAUGCUUUUCCAACUUUAUUUCCUCAUGGAUUAGGAGAUAUUACUACUUUUGAUUCUCAAAGAAAGGUAAAAAUGACAGAUUAUGUUAAGUACCUGAUGAACUUUGAGGAUGGCCGAUUCGCAAAGGAUGAAAGAUUUAGAUACUUUCUCAUUAGGGUGGGUCGAAAAUCCCAGAAUAAAAAGGCGUAUGGUUUUGUUUGCAGUUGA